UCGAAGAAGCUGAUCCAUAUUUCAUAUCUCAGUCUAGAAAGGGGGCAUGUGGUGGAUUUCAUCGAGCACUCGGUGCUCAGCAUUGUUUCACUGCUGCUGAUUGAUUGCUCAUGACUUGAUUCGUCAUGCCCGUAUUGUUAUGUUCCGGACAAGCACAGUAAAGAGUACUACAUCUGAAGUAUAAGUGUGGUGUCCGUGUGCUAUUACAGAGCCACGUUGAUAAAUGAAGUACUCACCUACAUUCAUAGCAGUACGUUACUGCAACAGUAAAGAUCACAACAUAGUGUCAGAAGAGCAGAGUUAACGCUGCGGGGCCAACCAUUUUCUUUCGUUCGGAGCCUAAAAUCGUUUGCCCGGGGAGCGGAUUAUGUUUCUGAGUACCUGAAGUAAAGACCAACGAGUUAAGAGGGGAGAUGACGUCUCCUGCCACUGGCCAGUCGGCCCUCCUUUCAAACCUGGAGUCUGGGAUGGGGAAGUCUGCAGCCAUGCUGGGGCUGUCUGCUGGUUUGGGGGGAGCUGAGAUGGAGCUGCAGAAGAUGCUCAUUGAUGAGAGGAUGAAGUGUGAAAACCACAGGACAAAUUACCAGACACUCAAGGCUGAACAUGCCAGCCUGCAGGAUGAGUUUAUGCGGGUGAAGGGCGAAAUGAAGCGCCUGGUGAAUGACAAGCAGGCUCAGCAGGAGAAACUGCAGCUGCUGCUGGCUGAGCUGCGAGGAGAACUACUGGACAAAACCAGGGAGCUGGAGGAAUUUCGGAUGCAGGUGAUGACCCCUCAGAGGCUGGAGUUGCUCAGAGCUCAGGUGCAGCAGGAGAUGGAAGCUCCAGUCAGAGAGAGGUUCAACAAGUUGGAGGAGGAGACAGAGAAGUACAGGUCUGAGUACAGCAAGCUUCGCUACGAGUACACCUUCCUCAAGUCUCAGUUUGACCACCAGAGAGAAGAGCAUGUUCGUAUACUCGAGGAGAGGAGAAUACGCUAUGAGGCAGAGAUCUCUCAUCUGGAGAAGGACAGGGAGGAUCUGGUGGCUCAGUAUAAGGGUUCGGACCUAUUGCGUGAUGUGAAACGAGUAGAGGCCCUGCUGAGGGAGAAAGCCCAGCUCCACUUGCGGCUGAAGGGACUGGAGGCAGAGGUGGCUGAGCUUCAAGCCCAGAAAGAAAACUGGGGUCACCAAGCUGAGAAUGUGCAGCGUACCCAGAUCAGAGAGCUAACAGAAUCUCAGGCUGCAGUGAAGUCAUUGGAGGCAGAGCGUCAGUCACUGCGUCUACAGCUGGAGCGGAUGGAGAGCGAAUUUCAUCUGAGCCACGAGCAGAAUAGCCAGCUCACCGCAAGACUGCACAAAGCUGAGCGAGAGGUCAACUCCUUUACCUCUCAGAUCGAAAGCCUGAAACAUUCACAUAAGCUGGAGAUGGCCAGCGUCAAACUGGAGUGUUCCCGCUCUAAAGCGGAGGUGGAGAGGGAGAGAGACACACUGCAAGCCCAGAUUGAUGGUCUGCAGACAGAUGUGGAGCUGCUAAAAGCUGCAGUGGAGCAACACAAAGAGGUCCUGGUGGAGAAGGAGAGGGAGAUGAUGAGGAAGGUGCAGUCUGCGCGUGAGGAGGAAUUCCAGAAAAUUGCGUCCUUGCAUGAGGAAAAGUUGGAGGUAGAGAACCGUCUUGCAGCACUAGAACAGCAGAGAGCCCUGCAGGAUGCUGCGGACCACGCCCAGAAGGAGGAGUGGGCGGAGCAUCUUCGCAGCACCCAGCAAGGAGAGGAGUCAUCCCGCAGAGAACUGCAGAACCUGAGAACCAAACUCCAGCAGCAGAGCUCACAGCUUCAGGAGCUGGAGAGACAGAAAGCUGAGAUUACUGACUUACAGCAACACAACCAGGAUCUGGGUGUCCAGCUGGGGACACUGUCACACUCUGAAAGGAACCUGAUGGAGACAAACAAACAGCUGAGAGAAACCCUGGACAGAGUCAGGGAGGAGCUGCAGGUGGCCCGAGCCCAGGCUGAGCGAAGCCAGCAUGAGGCAGAGAGGUUGGUGGAGGACCAUCGAGUUGAGUGGUUGGAAGAGAAACACAAGCUGCAAGAGCGAGAAGCCGAGCUGCAGCAGAAAUAUUCCCAGGUCAAAGAGAAACUGCAGAGGGCAGCAGUGGCCCAGAAGAAGAGGAAAACGCUGACAGAGAACAAAGACAAGAAACUGCAGGAUAAGAUCCAGCUGCUGGAGGCCAAGAUAGAGGAGCUGGAACUGGAAGCUGCUGCAGCCAAAAAACAUUCAUCCUUCUCAGAGGAGCAAGCUCAACUCAGCAGACGGUUGAAGGAGCUGCAGCGACGACACAACGAGUUUCGCCGACUCCUAUUGGGUGCUCAGGGUCCCUUCAGUGCUGGCCCUGCCUUCCUGGCCUCCUCACCCACCCCCUUCCUCCUCCUUGGGUCUGAGGGAUUGAUGUCUAACAUAACUGAGGAGCAGCAUCAAAGGGAGCUCUCUCUGCUGCGUCGAAGACUGGAGGAUCUGGAAAGUGCCCAGCAGCAGCAACUGGUGGAACUAGGAUCUCUGGUGCAGAGGGACCAGGACUCCACUCCCCAUCCUGAUGUCUGACCCCCUGCUUUACUUCCUGUUGGACAUGGAAAAAUGAUUUGUGAGGUGGUGUCCUGUCACAGCUUGUUAUAAAAUGCAAACACUAUUUACAUAAAAUUGGAGAGAUGAGAAUGGAUUUUAUCAGUGUUUACAUCUCUCUAAUUUUGUGAUGUUGCAAAACUUUUUUUUAAAGCUGACCUUUUAUAUUCUCAGGGUUUGUAUUGAGAGACUUGUUUACACAUUUAUUCUUAAUUCAUCCUGAAGAAAAGGAGACACUGCAGGUUGUAAAUUGCACAAUGUUUAUACAGACUGUUAUUAUUUCCACAAAGUUUUACUUUAAUUGUACUGGAACCAUAAGAAGGAACCUUUAUCCUGACAUAUCUCUGGUUCUUAUUUGCUAUAUGGUCAUAAAAGUAUUGGGUUUAAGCUAAUGGAGUAGUUAUUCACCGUGCAGCUAAUGAAAUGAUCUUAGUGCCUCAUCUCCAUCUUACUAGCAGGGGCCUGAUACAUGCUGACAAAAAAGACAAAACAUCUGCACUAAGUUCCCAACUAUUUUAAUAUAGCAAAAUUGUUGGAUGUGCAUGCCCUACAUUUUGAUUUGUGUUUCUUUGGGCCUCUUCUGACAGUUUCGUAAGAGUCUUCCUGUCACUCUGUCACUUGUAGCUCCAGUGAAUUAAUUCAUGUGAGUUAAAGGCAAAUACCUCAG